GUCCAUCGAUGGAAAGGCCAAGCACCGGGUACCAGCGACGAGUUGAUCGCCUUCGAACAUCGACACGGAAAACUCAUCGGCCGGCUCCACCUGUUCACGCGGUCCAGCAAAUGAGCGUCUCUCACGGAAUGACCAGUCAGAAUACCGACGUUCGACCAGCUCCACGACCUAAUAAACCGAAACCACCGACAAAACCCCGCAUGUAUCCGGUAGUCAGAGCAAUGUACGACUACGAUGCUCAGGACACGGACGAGUUGUCGUUUUCGGCCAACGACGAAAUUGAACUCAUGCAAAAAACCGGUUUACGGGGUCAGAUGAGUCCGGAUGGUGGCAAGGGAAAAUUGGCACCAAAAUCGGACUGUUUCCAGCCAAUUAUGUACAGGAGUGAUUUGUGCACUGUCU